AUGGCUGUGACAAAGCUCCUGCAAUCUGCACUGGAAUGCAAGAAAACAUGGGCAAAGUGUGCAACAUUAGAUCAGGGACCUCACCCCACCUUUAUAAUUGGUCAUGACCGCACAUAUGGCAAUAGGCCUAUCCUCACAGCCCAGCACCUUAAACAUGAAAUGGAGGUAUUGGAGUUCAUCAAAACUUCAGUUAUCCAGGAUAUCAUAACUUAG